GGCGUGCGUGCGUGCGUGCGUGCGUGCGUACUCACGUACGUCCCCGUUUAGGCCGGUUUGGGUUCGGUAGUCUCCGGCGCGGAGCUGCUGCCGACGGGGCUGAGGUGCCGGGGCUGUGGGCAGAGGCGAGUCUUUUAAAAAUACAACAUAAAAAUGGCUUCGAAAAGAGCUCUGGUCAUCCUGGCCAAAGGAGCGGAGGAGAUGGAGACAGUCAUUCCUGUAGAUGUCAUGAGACGAGCUGGAAUUAAAGUCACCGUUGCGGGUCUGGCUGGGAAAGACCCAGUACAGUGUAGCCGAGACGUCAUCAUUUGUCCUGAUGCCAGUCUGGAAGAUGCAAAAAAAGAGGGACCUUAUGACGUAGUGAUUCUGCCGGGAGGUAAUCUGGGUGCACAGAAUUUAUGUGAGUCUGCUGCCGUGAAGGAGAUACUGAAGGAACAAGAAAACAGAAAGGGCCUCAUAGCCGCCAUCUGUGCAGGUCCUACAGCUCUUUUGGCUCAUGAAAUAGGUUUUGGAAGCAAAGUUACAACACACCCACUUGCUAAAGACAAAAUGAUGAGUGGAAGUCAUUACAGCUACUCUGAGAACCGUGUGGAGAAGGAUGGCCUGAUCCUCACGAGCCGUGGGCCUGGAACCAGCUUUGAGUUUGCGCUUGCGAUUGUCGAGGCGCUGAGCGGCAAGGAGGUGGCUGACCAAGUGAAGGCCCCGCUCGUUCUUAAAGAUUAAAGCAGAAAUCUUCGAUGAUGAAGUAGAGAAAUGUGCCGUUUGUCAUCCUUCUCACUGUGUUCACUUUAAGCAAAAUGGGCAGUUCCCGCACAGUCUGGCUGCGAAGUGGCAGCCUCACCGAGCUUCCCCACCCAUGCCCAGAUCCUCAUGGUCCUGAGCCUUGAUGGCAGAGUAAAUGGCAUUUAGCAAACUACUGGGUUUUACUCCAUUUAUCCCUCAAUUCCUCCUUUUUGUGUGUGAAACCAAAUUCACUGUCAGCGUCACUUGCAGCUGGUAAGUGUUGAUACAGCGACUGAGAUAAAAGAGCAGUGAACAUGUUUGACAUGGCAAGGAGGAAAAGCAUAAAAGCAAAGAUUUAAGAAGCUUGUGAUUUUCCCCCCAUUUGUUAAUUGUAUAUUGUUAAUGUGCUAUUAAAAAUACCAGUGAAGUUGUUA